UUUUUUUUGGAGCGGAGAGUCAUUAAAUAAGGUUGGAAACUCACUGUAGUAGGUCUGUCUGAGGUAACUAUGUUGGUAAAUGAAACCUGAGAACUUUUUAGACUGGUUAGUUUUUCACUGGAUAAUAUUUCAUUUACAGUCUUGGCCUAUGCAGAGUUUAUUUUGAAUCCAGUACCAGGAAGGGCAUGAUUGCAGCAGACUUGGUUUGUCAUGUUUCCCGAAUAACUGUGUGACUCUGGACGGGAAUUUCUGGGCAGCCUGGCAGCGCUUCUUGUUAGUGAAUGGGUAAGGCUGGUAGAAAUCUCAUGUUACUCUACUGAUAGAAAUGAGCAGUAGUCCUUUGUUUUACUCUGCAGAGCUGCUAAGCAUCUUUGGUUCCCUUUGGACUCCAUGAAGCCAAGGUUGGAAACUUGUAUCCACAAAGUAGCACCUUUUCUGCUUGGAAUCCUACUCUAAGAACUCAGACACUCGGGUAUCCAGCAUGGUGUUGGAUCCUGAACAGAAGAUGCCUGAUGAUGAUGCUUCUGGAGACCAUGGGGAUUCUGCCAGUCUUGGUGCCAUCAACCCUGCCUACAGUAACUCCUCUCUUCCUCAGUCCACCAGGCACUCAGAAGAACCCUUCACCACCUAUUUUGAUGAGAAGAUUUCCAUUCCUGAGGAGGAGUAUUCUUGCUUCAGCUUUCGUAAGCUCUGGGCUUUCACGGGACCAGGCUUUCUUAUGAGCAUUGCCUACCUGGAUCCAGGAAACAUCGAAUCUGAUUUGCAGUCUGGAGCAGUGGCUGGAUUUAAGUUGCUCUGGGUUCUUCUUCUGGCCACCGUUGUGGGGCUUCUGCUCCAGCGCCUUGCUGCCAGACUGGGAGUGGUCACUGGACUGCAUCUGGCUGAAGUGUGUCACCGCCAGUACCCCAGGGUUCCACGGAUUAUCCUAUGGCUGAUGGUAGAGUUGGCUAUCAUUGGUUCAGAUAUGCAAGAAGUCAUUGGCUCAGCCAUCGCCAUCAAUCUCCUGUCUGUAGGAAGGAUUCCUCUGUGGGGUGGAGUUCUCAUCACCAUUGCAGAUACGUUUGUGUUUCUCUUUUUGGACAAAUAUGGCUUGCGGAAGUUAGAAGCGUUUUUUGGCUUUCUCAUCACUAUUAUGGCCCUCACAUUUGGAUAUGAGUAUGUUACAGUGAAACCCAACCAGAGCGAGGUACUCAAGGGCAUGUUCCUGCCGUCCUGUUCAGGCUGCCGCACCCCACAGGUCGAGCAGGCUGUGGGCAUUGUGGGAGCUGUCAUUAUGCCACACAACAUGUACCUGCAUUCUGCCUUAGUCAAGUCCAGACAGGUAAACCGUGCAAAGAAGGAAGAAGUUCGAGAAGCCAAUAAGUACUUUUUCAUCGAAUCCUGCAUCGCUCUCUUUGUUUCCUUCAUCAUCAACGUCUUUGUUGUCUCAGUUUUUGCUGAAGCAUUUUUUGGGAAAACCAAUGAGCAGGUGGUUGAAGUCUGUAGAAAUAGCAGCAGUCCCCACACUGACCUUUUUCCUGAUGAUAACUCAACAUUGACUGUGGACAUCUAUAAAGGGGGUGUUGUACUGGGCUGUUAUUUUGGACCUGCUACACUUUAUAUCUGGGCAGUGGGGAUCCUUGCUGCAGGACAGAGCUCCACCAUGACAGGAACCUAUUCUGGCCAGUUUGUCAUGGAGGGAUUCCUAAACCUAAAGUGGUCACGGUUUGCCCGAGUGAUUCUGACUCGUUCUAUUGCCAUCAUCCCUACUCUGCUUGUUGCUGUAUUCCAAGAUGUAGAACAUCUAACGGGAAUGAAUGACUUCCUGAAUGUUCUGCAGAGCUUACAGCUUCCCUUUGCUCUUAUACCCAUCCUUACAUUUACGAGCUUGCGGCCAGUAAUGAGUGACUUUGCCAAUGGCUUGGGCUGGAAGAUUGCAGGUGGCAUCCUCGUCCUUAUUGUGUGUUCCAUCAACAUGUACUUUGUAGUGGUUUACGUCCAGGACCUAGGGCAUUUUGCUCUGUAUGUGGUGGCUGCUGUGGUCAGCGUGGCUUAUCUGAGUUUUGUGUUUUACUUGAGUUGGCAAUGUUUGAUUGCACUGGGCGUGUCCUUCUUGGAUUGUGGACACACGUACCACCUGGGAUUGACAGCUCAGCCUGAACUCUACCUUCUGGACACUGUGGAUGCCGACUCGUUUGUGUCAAGAUGACUGACAGCCUGAGAGACUGUAUAAGAAUAACUUUUUCUUAGUCCUUUGGUGCCAGGAGUCCUGUUAACAUAUCUCUGUUAGUUCAGAGGUGAGUUUUGUUCAAAUGUUUUGAACAAAAGGCAAAGAUUUCCUCAUGGAAAGCAUGUUAAGAGCUGACAGCUCAAAGUGUAGGUCAAAGACCUACCAACCUCACAACAGUCCUGCAACAGCCAGAGUUAAGUAAUGGGCCUAGGAAGGCCGCACACCCCUAUGGACCUGUGACUUCACUUCUGGUUUGAAAACUAUGUUGUGUAUCUAUUUAUGUAAACCUGAACAUACCCGUUUGGGUAGAAUUUUAAGGAUAUAUAAAAUUGAUCCAUCUUUUGAACUUUUUUUUAAUGUAUUGUACAGUAAUUCAGAUACUUGUGUCUGGAGCACAAAUGAUCUUUGUCAGAAACAUCUGGUCAAAUUGACUUACCUUAUAAAUAUAUAGUGAUGCUUUACUGUGCCAGUUAAAUUUCACUUUGAUUUUAAUUGACCAGACCUUUAGUAACUUAAUACUGGUACAUAAUUUCUAAAGAAAACAUUUCUUCCAUUUGGUAAUCAUAUUUAAUUUUGGUUAUCAGUGUGCUUUGUAAUCAUGAUUUUUUUGGUUCUCAUUUCACUUGGCUUGUUUUUCAUAGAUAUGUUGUUAUUUGGAAAAGAACUUAAUACCAAGUAACAAGACCCAGACCAGAUUUUUAACUAAUGAUCUGUUUUCCGUGUUGCAUUGUAAGUCAUUCCCUUCUAGAUUCAAGUUUUCGUUAAAGAAAGAAGGAACAUUUAACAUUUGACUUUGUAAGAUGGAAGAGAAGAUAAUGUGUUUGUUUUCUUUCUAAAGAUUGAAUAGUGUCACCCUGUCUUUUCUUCUCACUUUUCCCAUUAAUACUUGAAACACCAUUUCUGGUCCAAAAUCUCUAUCCAGGAAAGGCUCCUGGAUCUAUUAGGGCAUCUCCUAAGGAAGUCUAAGCAUUUUAUUUUAAGGUAUUUUCACCAAGUACUGUGAGAUGAAAACUGGACUGGGACUUGGAAAAUUAGCCCACACGUUACAAACUACCUGUCUACAUCUAGGUCUUUUUUUUUUUUUACCUCUCUUCCUAAUCAGCAGGUUUUUUUUCAUUAGAACAAAAAUGUAAAUAUCUAAAAAUUUUUACAAAAUUGACUGAUUGAAAAGUGAGAUUUUCAAUGCUCCUGCAGAGAGUGUAGUCGACUGGCUUGAACGGCAGCUGUCCAUUUCUAAUGGACUGUACAUCAGGGGGGCACACACUCCACACACCUCCUUUCUUUCCAGACCCAAAGGCCUUGAGUUUGCACACCCUGCAGCCUUCUAUGACUUCAGCAUCAAUUUUCAGGGUAAAAAAACCUGACCUCUCUGCCUUAUUUUACAGCUUGGUGCCUUUCAAUAAGUGUUUUGUUUUUCAAACCAACACUGUUUCUCUUUAUGUGUAAUGCCUGGCCCUCCACAUGGGGGUGAGUUUUUCUAAAUGAUAUUUCCAAAUUCUACUUCAGAGUCUCUUGAAACUUCUGACAAGAGCAGUAGCCUUUCUGUACACACUGACAUCCUUGUGAUCUUAAAGAUGAAGCUACAUUAACAUCAGUUGUCAGCUUUAAAAGAGAAAUUUUAGGGCCUCCCCGGUGGCGCAGCGGUUGAGCGCUGGGUUGCGAAGCUGCCCGCGGCCUCUGCGGUGCCGGUUCGAUCCCCGGCUGCUCCCCGGCCACCGGAGGAGGGUCCCACAUGGCGCGCAGACCUCUCCUGCCACCCGCUGCUCCCCUCAGCAGUGUGCUUCGGUCCUUCUGCCUGCUCUGCUCCCCGCUCUGGCUCUGGUGAAUUCUCUCACCCUCCCGCACUUCUGACUGUACCCAGUGCAUGUGUAAACAGAACAAACAAACAAAUAAAUAAAUAAAUAAACAUGCCUCUUUAAAAAAAAAAAAGAGAAAUUUUAAAAUGUAUCAAUGUUUUAUAUUUUCUUCAUAAGCAGAUAACAAUCAAACUGAACCAGUCAGUUGGGUUUUCCUCUUCCCUAGGCAAUUUCAUGCCCCACUAGUUUCAUUACCAGAGAAUAAGGAAAGUAAAGAAGACAAAAAAUAAAAUCCCUUUUCACAAAUCCUAAAGAGGUAAGAUUAUUGUACAACAGAGAUUAAGUAUGUGGGGGCUUUCUAUAGCUUAUCUCAUUCUUUAACUGAAUGUUGUUAGUAACAUAUAAGAGUUUACAGAAGUUUACAAGUGUAUCUCUUAGAUCAUGUGACUCCUUUAAUCAGAAAAUUUGAUAAUAAAGCAAACUGAAUCAUGCUAAAACCAGUAGAGGAGAUUGAUAUCUAAAGAGUGAGUCUAAAUAUUUUGCUGAGUUAAUUUUAAUUAUUUAUUAUUCCUUAAUUUAUGAUUUACAAAUUGGGGUUUUUGUAUCAUGUGCUACUAUACCUGUUAAUAUAUUCAAUCUUGAGAUUAAUCUAUGUCCAUACACUCUUCUGAGUGCCUGACAUUGUGGACUCAAUUUGCAAAAUAUGCUCUGACUGCAUAUACCCAGAAGGCCAGAAAGAUGCAAUUCAGUAAUUGUUACUGAGCAGCUGCUGCUACAUAACUGUGUGUCAGCCUGAUAGAAAAAAUAGUCAGUAUAUAGCCAGGCACAUAAGAGGUUUAGUAGUUUAAAUAUAAAAUAGUUUAUUUAGCAAGUGAGACAUCGGGGUUAUAGUAGCCAUGAAAAUACCCUUCUCAAUUUCAAACAUUCUGAUAUUAAAUCGCCAAAGCUUUGCCCCGGGAAUAUUUUCCAAAGUCUAGUACUAUGUAUUCUCUAUUUAUAGGGUAUCCCUGCAAUGACCUUCCCUCUCUACCCAAGCUAAUGUGAGUAAAUGAGUAUCUUCAUGCUUCUAACAUUCCCCAAAUGUGAGUUUACAUUUUAAUUUAAACCCCAUUUUAAUUUAAUUGUGCAUUUUCAUAGUUACUCUUAAUAAAUACUUUGCAUUGACUUUUUCAGAUAAUAAAUAUAGUAAUUUACAGAUGUAUGUUGAAUCUCAGAGAUGAUUGUAUAAUUCUGGAGCCUGUUGGGUUCAAUGAGAAAAGCCAGUUUCUCAUUAAACACUUAAUCUCAUUAAACACUGCUGGCUGCAGCUAGCUUCAUAGGUUGCGUCUUAACCCCUUGCGCCACCAGAAAGGCCCACUUUCUGCCUUUUUUGUGUAUGACUGCCUUUUUGGUUACUUUGGAGGAUCCAGGUCUAAUGCAAUGUGUGUUUGGCAGCCUAGAAUCUUUUUUAUAACUUGGUUAGAAAUACCUUUUCAUUGUGUAAUCGUCAUGAAGGAUGACUUCUCUUGCCACCCAUCCUCAGCUUACCUGAUCUUCAUGGAACAUGUUUUGAUGCAUCUACUGGAAUAUUUACUUAAUGAAUAAAGCAGUUGGAUUUUUUUCCUUGUCUAUUUUCCAAAGAGCACAGUGUUGACCAAAAUAUGAAUACUUGUUGGUGGGACUAGAUGGGCCUCAUGAUGUCUACAAAUAACAACACUAAGUAAUUACUCAGGCAAGUGGAGAAGAGUGCAUAUAGUACACAGAACAGUGGGUUAAUGCCUAGAAUGCAGACAUAGAUUUUGAUUUUCCUUCCCCAAAUACCAGACUUCACCUCCCCGUGAGGGUCACCCUUAACUUCAGGGAAUAUUAAGAAGGAAGUCACCACCACACGUUCUCUUACAGUUCAGACACUGUGUCUUCAUUU